UCUCAUUACCAUAAUAUCGCUGCAUCUUUCUGUCAUAUGUAUUUAUGGCUCUACAGGACUUAUAUUUCAAAUUGUUCCGCAGAUGAUACUGUGCAGUCAAGAUAUUACAGGUCGCAGAGUGGUCUUUGUGUGAAACCAAGUCUACGACAUUGUAGACAAUGACCAUUGUGAUGAGAGGGAGUCCAGCUGGGGGAGACUCCCCCCAAGAUAACACACAACAGCAACAACAACAACAGCCACAGGGGGGAAGCCAACAGCCACAGGCCGGACAAGCAGGAACUGCAGCCCAGCCACCCCAGCAACCACCCCAACCCCCGGGGUCUGCCCAGCAACCACAGCAACCUAGUCCAGGACAGUCAUCAACCAGCACUGAUGUGGAUGGUAGUCAAGAUGACACUACCAUGGUUGGUGUUGAACUUGUUGAAGGUCAGGUACCAGACUUUCCUGUUCAGGAGUUGUCUAGACUUGACGAAAUGAUAAAUCGUCCCAGAUGGGUUGUCCCAGUUCUGCCUAAAGGAGAACUUGAAGUACUUUUAGAUGCUGCAAUAAAGCUCUGCAAAGAAAAAUUGGACACUAGGAGUGAACAUUGCCAGAGAUUUUUUAGAGAAGGACUGAAUACGUCAUUCACGAAAAUAAUGACAGACGAGGCUGUGAGUGGUUGGAAGUAUGAAAUUCAUAGGUGUAUUUUGAAGAAUGCAGAAAAGAUGAUAGAAUUAUCUGUAUCCAAACUAGCAGAUGAUUGGUUCCCUCUCCUGGAAUUACUCGCUAUGGUUUUAAACCCUGUGUGCAAGUUCCAUACCUACAAUGGAACAAGGCCAUCAGAAAGUGUUCCUGCUAACACAACUGUAGCAGAUGAUGUGUUAUAUGCUCGACCACCUGAUCCACGCACACCCAGGGGUUGGCUGGUAGACCUUGUGAACAAGUUUGGAACAAUGGAAGGAUUCUCAACGUUGCUGGAGCGCUUUACUGGAGGACCACAGCUGUCUGUACCUGUUAUUGCGGCACUCAUCAAGCCAUUUGGACAGUGUGCUGAAGUGUUAACCCCACACAGCGUGGAGAAAUUCUUUAUGCCUAUAGUUGCAAUUGUGCCAAAGUUCCUGGAUUCGUUGACGGAUGAGGAAUUGAAGAAAGAAUCGAAAACCGAAGCAAAGAAUGAUGCUCUCUCAUCUAUAAUCAAAGCCCUGAAACAACUUGUGUAUAGACUACCAAACCAGGAGGAGAAAAUCAAAGCUCUAGAGACUUUCAGACUCAAAAUGAUACUGCGGUUGUUGAAGAUCUCCUCUUUCAAUGGUAAGAUGAAUGCCCUGAAUGAGGUGAAUAAGGUGAUCGCCAAUGUAUCAUUCCAGUCGAGUCGACAUUCACAGGUGGAUGAAGAUGAAUGGCUCACAGCAGAGAAAAUGGCGGAGUGGAUACAGAAUAAUCACGUGUUGACAAUCGUGCUGGGGGACAGUCUACAUCAGCCUCAGUACGUGGAGAAACUGGAGAAGAUCCUACGUUUUAUGAUCAAAGAGAAGGCCCUUACAGGCAGCGACCUGGACACACUGUGGGAGGCUCAGUCUGGCAAACACGAUGCUAUUGUCAAAAAUGUACAUGACUUGCUAGCAAAGUUGGCGUGGGAUUUUUCACCAGAACAGCUAGAUCAUCUGUUUGAAGCUUUCCAGGGGAGUUGGACUCAAGCUUCAAAGAAACAAAGGGAGAAACUCCUGGAACUGAUCCGACGACUUGCCGAGGAUGACAAAGAAGGCGUGAUGGCACACAAGGUACUGGGGCUGUUAUGGAACCUGGCUCAUAGUGAAGAUGUGCCGACAGAGAUCAUGGACCAGGCCCUCAACGCUCACAUCAAAAUCCUGGAUUACAGCUGUUCUCAAGAUAGAGACACACAGAAAAUGACGUGGAUAACCAAAUUUGUGGAGGAACUCAAGAAUGAUAAGUGGGUACUUCCCUCCCUAAAACAGAUCAGGGAAAUAUGUCAACUGUUUCCAGAGACUAAUGGUUCUCCCACCCAGGCUCCACAGAACUUUCCACACCCACCACAGCGGACCCCACACGUUUACUACAGGAACAUGGUGAUAAGUCAGCUGCAGAGCAACCACUCCAUAGUCAUGUUACUGGCACAGAACCUCUCCUCCUACAUGACAAAGGCCAGGGCCUAUGCAAAAGAGAAUCCAGAGUCCGAUUCUGCUAAUAUCUUGCCAGAUGGGCGAUUUAAUCACAUACUACAGAUUCAAGAAAGGUUGAGGUUUCUAAGGUUCCUGUUGAAGGAUGGACAAUUGUGGCUUUGUGAGUCCCAGGCGAGACAGAUUUGGCAGUGUCUAGCAGAGAAUGCUAUCUACACCACCGACAGAGAGUCCUGUUUCAAGUGGUUUGCAAAGUUGAUGGGAGAGGAACCAGACUUAGACCCUGAAAUCACUCGAGAUUUCUUCGAACAAAAUAUUCUUCAACUGGAUCCCAGUCUCCUUACUGAGAAUGGAAUGAACUGUUUUGAGAGAUUCUUUAAGAAUGUGAAUGUAAAGGAGAGUAAACUAAUUGCCAAGAGAAGAGGAGGUCACAUGAUGGAUGAUAUGGAGCUGAUUGGUUUAGACUACAUGUGGAGAGUUGUGUUGUUGAGUCCAGAUGAUGUUUCAAACAAAGCUAUCACAUUACUGAAAGACAUUUUCACUAACUUGGGUCCACGUUUGUUACAAAACCAAGUAGAAAUUCAUGAGGACUUUAUCCAGUCAUGUAUUGAUAGACUCAAAGCUAUAUAUGACACUGUGAGUGUCCUGGAAAAGGAUAAAGACAGUACUAAUCGUGUGAUGCAGGAGACAACGCGAAUGGUGCGAGUUCUCACUGUGUUGAAAGAGUAUGUCGCAGAAUGUGAUGAAGCAUAUAAUGAGGAGAGAACCAUCCUUCCCCUCAGUCGAGCUUGCCGAGGGAGAUUGGUGUCGUUGAUUUUACGAUUUCCCAGUCAAGGACGCCAGCCAGAUGACCUUGAUAUCUGGUCACACACUAAUGACACUGUCGGUGCAAUAAGAAGACAGGUUUUAACCAGGGUCAAGGCUGCCAGUAACAUCAAAGUAGAUUUAUAUGCAAACGGAGAAAUCCUGGAUCCAGCGGAAGACAAACGCCUCAUCUCACAGGUUCCUCUCCGGGACAAAACUCUUAUUUCUGCCAAACUUGUCCAAGUUGGAAACAAUAUGCCCUCUAGUCCAGAUAGCAGUUCUGACAGCUCUGCAGGCUCUCCCCACCACACUUUUGAUGGGCCUAACAUAGAGGCCGAGAACUGUCUCCCAGGAGUGUUGCUAUCCAACAAUUUCAAGUACACCCAGUUCCUGUUCCAGUUAUCUGACCUUGGCUGUCAGUUACAGGUUCCCAAACUCCGAGACACUGCCAGAAUACUUCUUAAAAUCAUGCCUGCCGAUACUCACACCGUUGAUAAACUGCGAAGUAUAUGUGCAGAAAACACUAGAUCUGAAACCUCCCUAUCACAGCAGUUAGAGCUUAUGUUUUUCAAUUCCUCCACCACUCAGACUUUGUACAAUAUUGAGGUAUGCUACAGCCUACUGAUGCCUGCAGGAGAACCCUUGUCAGAGGAUGCCUUUGACUUUCAGUUUAACUUUGUGAAGAGUGGAGGAGUGCAGUUGUCGUUGAAUAUGUUGACCAAGAACAACUUCAUGCCAGCUGCUGACUUGCAUUCAAAGAGGAAUGUGUAUGUGACAGUGAUGAAGGUAUGUAAACUGAUGCUGACGACUGUGAGCCACGCCAAGUUCCAGGUUGUAGUUGAUGCAUGUAAUGCCGACCCUCAGUCCCCGAACAUCACUGCCGCAGAACACAAUCAUGCGGUGAUCCUACAGCAGGCCCUCCAGUAUAUUCCCAACCCCACCUCUGAGUUCACCACUAAGAAUGUUGCCAUGCGUCUAGGACAACAACUUCUCGACCAGGCGACCAAGACAAUACCUGACCUGGCCACCAUUAAGGCUAUACAGAAAAUAGCGUGGGCCUCCAGUAGCAGCUCACUGCACCUUGUCCAUGCUACCAACGAAGAAAUCCACAAAGCUCAUGAGAAGCCAAAGGACCAUACUGAUUUUGAUGACCUGACAGUGGCACGAGAGGCCCUGGAAGUGUUGACAGUGUGUCUGGCUCUGUGUCCUCCUGCAUUAGAUGCCCUCAACAAAGACAAGGCGUGGCAGAUAUUCAUCAAAGAUCUGCUCCUCCUGUGUAGCCACAGCCACGUACGAGUAGCUGCUGCCGAGCAGUUCUACCUGAUGGCCACACGCUGCUGUGGAGGCACUCGGCCGAUGGUCUUCUUCAUUACUCUUCUCUUCUGUGAACUGAACGAAUCUGUGAAAGAGAAUGCAAAGCAGGCCCAUGAAUACUUCAGUCUACUUUGCAAGUUGUUGAAUUAUGCGUGUGCCAGUGAUGUGAGGCUGCCUAAUGCUGAGAAGUUGUUGAGUAAUGAGAUUGACUGGCUGAUUAAAACAAGGGAUGAUGUCGUGAACACUGGAGAGGUGGUGGUUGAGGAAGCUUUGUUAGGGGGACAUCUGGGGAUCACACGUGAACUCUUAGCAUUCCAGUCAUCGGAGAAAAAAUAUAAUAUUGGCUCAGAGAAGGGAGGAGCUAAUCUCAUCAAGGAGAUAGUGGAGGAUUUCCUGUUCCCAGCCUCUAAGAUAGUGCUGCAGAGUAGGAAACUAAACGGGGAGUUUCCGUCGGAUCAGGCUGUACCAGUCUGUUCCACGUCUUCAACUGUGAUAGCUGCGUUUGAACUUUUAGUGGCACUUUGUACAAAUUGUCUCCCCAACCUUCGCUGUUUAGCCGGGAUGUUAACAGAGAUGUUUUACAAUGGUGAGCAACCCCUCAAUGAAUGGGAAUACCUACCUCCUGUUGGUCCGAGGCCGAUUAAAGGCUUUGUAGGUCUGAAGAAUGCUGGUGCUACCUGUUACAUGAAUUCGGUCCUACAGCAGCUGUUCAUGAUAGAACAGAUAAGGACGGGGAUUCUAGCUGUGGAGGGUGUCGCGGACGACAUUGAAGAGGAGUAUGUGGGUGAUGAGAAGAGUGAAAGUGAGACAAAUGUUGAUAUGGGAGAUGAAGAACGAAAGGAUGAAGAGAAGUCUGUGAGUAACAAGGACGAGGCACGUAAAGAGUACCACCAGGGUGUUCUCAGACAGAUCCAGCUCAUCUUCGGCCACCUUGCCACCAGCAAGCUCCAGUAUUACGUCCCAAGGGGCUUCUGGAAACAUUUCAGGUUAUGGGGUGAGCCAGUGAACUUGAGAGAACAGCAUGAUGCCUUAGAGUUUUUCAACAGCCUAGUGGACAGUUUAGAUGAGUCUCUCAAGGCCCUUGGACAGACCACCAUCCUAUCCAAGGUUAUGGGUGGCUCAUUCGCCGACCAAAAAAUCUGUAAAGACUGUCCUCAUAGGUACCAGAGGGAGGAACCGUUUACCACAUUAAAUGUGGACAUACGGAAUCACCAAAACCUGCUUGAAUCACUGGAACAGUACGUCAAGGGGGACUUACUAGAAGGGGCCAAUGCAUACAAAUGUGAGAAGUGUAAUAAAAAGGUUGAUACUGUAAAAAGACUUGUGAUAAAGAAACUGCCAAAAGUCCUAGCCAUUCAGCUCAAGCGGUUUGACUAUGACUGGGAAAGGGAAAGUGCAAUAAAAUUCAAUGAUUACUUUGAAUUUCCGAGGGAGAUAGACAUGGAACCCUACACGGUUCAGGGACUAGCAAAGAUUGAAGGUGAAAUAAUAGAUGAUGAUUUCGAUACUAAGCCACAGAGUACGAAGUACAAAUUGUUUGGUGUUGUGGUCCACAGUGGCCAGGCUAGUGGUGGUCACUACUACUCCUAUAUAUUACACAGGGGUGAAGAUAACCAGGCCAAAUGGUAUAAGUUUGACGACGGUGAUGUGUCAGAAUGCAAGAUGGAAGAUGAUGAGGAGAUAAAGAACCAGUGUUUUGGAGGAGAAUAUCUGGGAGAAGUGUUUGACCACAUGUUAAAGAGGAUGGCAUACAGACGACAGAAGCGAUGGUGGAAUGCCUACAUCCUUUUCUAUGAACGUCAGGAUGAGACAGAGGAUGAAAAACACAUCUACAAGUCACUGCAGGACCUCACCAUAGUGAACAAACCAUCACAAGUGAAGAUGCCGUGUACAAUCGAGAAGUGUGUGAGGAAACAAAACAUCAUGUUUAUGCAUGAGAAGAGUCAGUUCUGUCCUGAGUAUUUCCAGUUUAUGAAGAAGUUACUGACAUGUAACCCAAUGUAUCACUCUGCAGACAAAGUGAAUGCGGAUGCUGAGAAUGUGGCUAUGAUCAGUACAGAGCUGGCAGCAAAGUUCUUAUUCCAUGUAGGGUUCCAUACCAAGAAAACCCUGAGGGGGCCAGCUAACGAGUGGUAUGAAGCAUUAAGUUGUCACCUACGACCAAGCAAGAAAGUACGCACUUGGUUUGCACAGCAUGUCCUGUUUGCUCAUCCUAACAGAUUUGCAGAGUAUCUGCUGGAAUGUCCAACAUCAGAAGUAAGAACAGCAUUCUGUAAAACAGUUGUGUGUCUGUCCCACUUCGCCCUCCGAGAUGGACCAUGCCCUCCUCCACUGGUGCAGGGCUUGUAUGCUGGACACCCAGCUGACCCUAAUGCAACCCUGAGUGACCACCUGUUACUGGCUGUGCUACACUUACUCAAGAAGGAGGUGUCAGAACAUGGCCGACACCUACAACAGUAUUUCCACCUUUUCUUGAUGUAUGCCAACCUCGGACAGGAUGAGAAAAUGCAGCUGUUGAAAUUGAAUGUGCCAUCAAUGUUUAUGCUGGUGGCGCUAGACGAGGGUCCAGGACCACCGAUCAAGUACCAGUAUGCAGAGCUAAGUCGCCUCUACUCUGUCGUGUCAAUCCUCAUACGAUGCUGUGAUGUCUCCACUCGUUGUCUUUCAUCCAAUGGUGAGCCAGCCAAAGCCAAUCCACAUGGUGAUGGCUCUGUACAGAACUCCCUGAUGCCUAUACAGUCACAAGUGUCAGACAUUCUGUAUGGUCGCACCAGCUAUGUCAAAAAGUUGAUUGAAGACUGUAACAAUACUGAGGACACCACCAAACUUCUGAGGUUCUGUUGCUGGGAAAAUCCACAUUUUUCAUCAACAGUUCUAAGUGAACUCCUUUGGCAGGUUGCAUAUUCCUACACAUACGAGCUGCGUCCAUACCUGGAUCUUCUCCUCCAGAUGUUACUCCUAGAGGACUCCUGGCAAAACCAUCGUAUACACAACGCCCUAAAAGGUAUACCUGAUGACCGAGACGGCUUGUUUGACACCAUACAGAGGUCAAAGAACCACUACCAGAAACGAGCGUACCAGUGUAUCAAGAUGAUGGUGUCGCUGUUCACACUAUGCCGUCCAGCUGCCGAGAUGUUACAAACCAAUGGAGACCUCAAACGCAAGUGGACCUGGGCAGUGGAAUGGCUGAACGAUGAACUGGAAAGGAGGCCAUAUCCAGGGAAUACGCAAUAUACUUACAACAACUGGUCACCGCCGGCCCAGUCCAACGAGACCUCCAAUGGAUAUUUCCUAGAAAGAUCGCACAGUGCCAGAGAAACACUAUCCAAGGCUUUUGAGCUUUGUCCAGAAGAGGAACCAGAGGAUGGUUACUUGACUGAUGAACAAGAAGCACCUGCCUCUGAGGAUGCUGUACCUCCGACAUAUCCUCCUGGACAGACUGCUCCAACAACCACAAGUCCCCCAACGAGUGCAUCACAAUCGCAGCCCCCAUCUCAGCCAGCCACUCAGCCUGCCUCUCAGCCUGCCUCUCAGCCCCCAGCCCAAACUCCCUCUCAGACACAGGUACAAAAUAACCAGGUGAACGUGAGCCAUGUGUCACCACAGCCAAUCCACCCCAGUAACCAGAUCAACAACCAGCUCAACCAACAGACCACCUCACCCACCACACCGGCCCCUGUCCCCACCCCCGGGGGCCAGUCUGAUAACCCAGAUACUGGCGAGGAGGAAUCGGACAAUGGUAACAAAAAGACAACGCCUGAGUGAUCAUGAACAUGUGCAUAUCGUAGUACAUAUGCCGAGUACAGGAUGAGAAAAGUGCUACAUGUUCGCCGAGAUUUGCCUCGGUGUUGAAGGGUGUUGUACGGUACAGGAUAUGAACUAUCACAGGAUCAUAUAAGUCAUUGUAUAGUUUGUUUCAUUCCUAUAAGGAAUUUGUUACAAUUGUGGAAAUAUUUUAACUAUACACUGCAUGGUAUAUGUACAUCACACCAGACAAAAUAUCUUGUUGAUGGUACAAAUAGUUAGACAUAAGUUGGAAUGUCCUAUUUUUCUAUUGUUAGUGAAUAGAACAGGGCUACAUACAACCAGGACAAAGUUUGGUCCAUGAUAGUCUCAGGCUCGUAAUUUAUGUGCUAAAUUGUGUAAAAGUAGGAUAAUUCCUUACGGUACCAGGAACCAAGUUUCUGUUGGUGUGUGACCAUUGAGUGACAAGACAAAAAAAAAUCCCAGACCUAAUGUGCACUUCCAUGUAUGUCUGCAGUUCUCUAAGCAAGCAACAUAGCUACACACUGUGCAUCUGCAGGCCUCAAGCAGAGAACUGUGCCUAUCUAUGUAUCCGACAACACAGGCUUCAAAUGGAGGAAUUUAGCUACCUGUGAUCCGCAGUGGAAUAAAUGGUUAUUUUUCAAAUGGCACCAUUUUGUAUUGGUGUUUAAUAUGGCUGUGUGUGUGUGUGAUGCAUGUAAUCAAGGACUUCAGUCAGGGUUGUUGGGGUCUGGUGUGACCCACAGUGGUCCAGUCUCUCGUAAAGACUUCAUAUAUGUGCGCGGAAAGCUAAAUAAGGAUUUUUAAGAAUAAUUAUUUCCCCAUCUUGCCAUCAGAUCUGUGUGUAUUUUGGUAUUCAGUUACUCUCCUGUAACUGUUCUGAGUAAAGGAAAGGUACAUUAGUAUAUCUGUGCUAAUUGAUAGACAUUCUGAUACAAGUCAAAAAAAAAAUUAGGUAGUACUGGUUCACCUGGGGGACAAUCUUAAUUUCUAAACACAUUUGUUUAAUAUGAUAUUAAAGCUAGUCUAAGAACACGUGUUCUUUAGUAGAUAGGUUGAUGUAAGGUUAUAUGAACUGUUUGUUAUUAUCACUGUUAGUUAUAGAGCUGAUCUGGAACCUGACCAAUGACAGAUAUCUAAACAAAUUGCCUUUUAAAACAACGUCAGAAAGGUUAUUAAGAGGGAUACAAAUGUCAGUGCUGAGAAAGUAGUGUAAUAGUACACUUGUUUUAAGACUGCAUGUUUAUUUAUACAGAUAAUCACAUUUCAACACUGCAUGUUUUAAAUAGAUCGCCUUCGUAUUUCUUUCGUAAAGUGUUUAUAACAAAUCAAAUAGGUUUAGGGCCUGCUGUUGUUCUCGGUUUCAUAAGCUUAACGCAUAAAUUUUAUUUUAAAAAUCUGAAAUACAAGCACUAGUUCUGGUGAUCAUUUUAAAUCCAAAUGUACAUAUCUUUUUUAUUGAAUUCCAUUAUUUAUUAAACAGUCUGAGAUAAAAUUGUGAUAACAAUAUAUAACUUCUGAAGUACUGUCGGUCUAUCAGGGUAGACAAUAAUCUAGUUACCAGUAAAUUCCGCCAAUUAUAUUGGAGAUACAAUGAAGUUCUAAAACCAACACACAACUUGAGCAAUUUUAGAAUGUUCUUAAUCUUUCAGUCAGAUGCAAUAUUUUACGUCUGAUAAAACGGAAUUGGUUGACGAUUAAUGAAUCAUUGGCAUUAAAAUGAAUGUUCUCGUCAAAAUACAUGUACUAAAGGACUUGAAUAAAGGCUGUGGGGAGAAAUGCCAGAUUUUUCUUGUGUAAUGCAAGUUUUAUGACUCUCUUCAAUAUUUAAGAUACAAUGAUGACAAGAAAAAAAAAAUGCUUAAUGUAAUACAUACCGGGUAGAUGCAUUAAAAAUGUUCACUUGGUGACAUCAUACUCUCCAUAGCAAGGCUCCAAAUAUUUGAAAGUACAUUUAUAUUUAUUUUGGGAGUCAGAGUUUCCUAAACUUUGAUUUAACUCAACGGACAGCACAAACUGGUACGUAUAUUUGACUGGAAUUUAUCAGAUAGAUUAUCUUGAGUACUAGAUUUUGUAGUAUAAUUUCUCUCAGUAAAAAAAAUAUAUAUAUAUAUUAGCUAAUUGUGAGAGUCUUAAUGUGUUAUGUUUAAGCUUGUGACACUGUGAACAGUGAAGCCCGAUACCAAAGCUUUUAUAGUAUCCAUGAAUGUACGUUAGCACCAUGAUUAAGAUGUCACAAGAUCAAAACAAUGUACUCGCACAAGGAGAGAAAGCAUUUUACACAGUUAUUUCUUUUCAUUCUUUACACUUUUGAUAGCUCUGAAAGUUUUGUCACUCUCUGAUAGAAUGUGAUAAGACUUGUACUAUAUAACCCUGACAGUUUUCCAGUUGAUGAGAUGUGUAUGAAUUGCCUGUUAAUAUCUGACUAUUUCUGGGAUAUUGUGUACUAUUGAUUAAACAAUGCAAUUAAGUUCAGCUAUAUGAUUAUUUACGUUCUUACUGAUUCUGAAUAAGAUCACAGUUUUGGGCAAAAGAACAAGAAGAUGCAGACAUGUACUUUUAUGCCGGAUUGCUUUUUGAUUUCUGGUAAAGAAAAUGGCUACAACACUGACUUGUUGAAAUAUUUAAAAAUGUUUUUAUACAGAAAUUUGCAUUGAUUGAAAAAUAGCUGUUUUAAUUAAACUUUGAUGUUCUUUUCUAUCUUGUUAAAUAAUAUUAUUAUAUGAUUAUAUUACCAUUGUCUCUUGCACCAGAUACAUUGCAAAACUAGACAUGUAUUUACUUGUGAUGUAAGAAAUAUUGUUGAGAAUAUAUUUAUGCUACAUAUACAUGUAUAUGUGUAUAAGAUAUGUGAUGUUCACAUAUAAUGUAGAAGCCUGCAGGUUACACUGGUAUUAUUACUGUUCACGGCACUGGUCGGUAUUCGUAUAACAAGUGUUGAUGUUGUGUAUAAUGGUGAGUACAUUAUUAGUGUUAUAUAAGUGUGCAUGUAAAUAUACUUUGUUGGUGAGAUGUUGACUAUUCAUGCUAUAUGUGAGUGUGCGAGUAUGUGUUAAGAACCGUAUUUAUCCUGUAGUAAGCCCCGGGGCCAACACAAACUUGUACUCAAAGUUGGGAUGGGUUUAUUGUGGAUAAUGAAACAGUAGCAUUUCUACCAAACUGCAUUAGGCACGGGUUGGCUUAUUACCAAGCAAGGGCUUGUUGUAGGAGAAGUACGGUACGACUCCCGUUGAUGUAGACCAUCUGUUUUUGAUAGUGCUAACACAAGUAUUGGUUUACACAAUGGAGAUGUGCUUUCAUCAUUGUUACUGUACAUAUAGAGUAACCUUAAGUUGCCUUGCAUAGUAUGCACCGUGGCACGUGUUUCAGACUUGUGAUAUCCUGUAAUAUAUGUAUGAUACACAGCAUCUGUAUAAUAGGUAGUUUUAUUUUAAAUACAUCUGUACAUAUUUCUUCUAUAUCUUGCUCUAUCAGCUGCGUAUCUUCCUAUCAGUUAGAUUUAACGAUUUCAUUAUAAAUUGUAACUCCGUGGCGAUAACACUUUGAAGCAGAACAUUUUUCAUACACUGAAACUAAAUAUUUUAGUGAAAUGGGAAUCAGAUCUCUGAAAUAUCAAGGCAUAUUUUAGGAUUUUGUAGUCAAGUAUGAGUCCCUUCUAGCAGACCAAAAUUGUUAACAUUUUCACUUUUCUUCUAUAUCGUCAUUCUUCACUGUUUUUUGCAUAGUUCCCCUGAAGCAUUUUCAUUCUGGAAGUUGUAAAACAAGAUAUAUUUUGUAUUAAUUAUGCAUGUAGCAGUACAGGCAGUUAAUAUAUAUGUGAAUGAAUGAUUUUAAGAAAUAUGGAAAUAUAUGAUAAAAGGUUUAACUAUUUUUUCCGGUAAAAUGCAGAUAUUAUAGAAUGUUUAGUCUCAAGUACUGACAAGGAUUUCCAGAUCAUCGAAAAUUUUCAUCGGAGCGGGUGUAUUGGGUUAGUUGUAUUGGUUUUAAAUUAAUCUCAAUAUUCCAGAUCCUUCUUAGCUUGUAUUUUGCUACCUGCUUUCCCCUCCUGCAAGGAUCCGCGGUGGCCGAGUGAUUAAGGUGUCCCGACACUUUAUCACUAGCCCUCCACCUCUGGGUUGCGAGUUCGAAACCUACGUGGGGCAGUUGCCAGGUACUGACCGUAGGCCAUUGUUUUUCUCUGGGUACUCGGCUUCUCUCCACCUCCAAAACCUGGCACGUCCUUAAAUGACCCUGGCUGUUAAUAGGACGUUAAACAAAAACAAACAAACAAACCCCUCCUGUAUUCAUGCAAGUUGUUUUAGUACAGCCAUCAGGAAAUUAAUGAGUUUCUUCUGAAUAUCCACAAAGGCCUGGUUCCUACAGGUGGACGUUGGUCAGUCGACAGUCCACUAUUAAAGCAUUAUGCUAAUUUUCACAUUAUGUUAUAUAUUUGUAUACCACCUACAAAAUUUUUGUCAAAGAUAAGAGUCAAGAAAGGCAGAUUUUGGUUGAUAAUGAUCUAAUACUAAACGCUUGAAAAGGUCUGUUAAUGAGAAAACUAAGUAUGAAUGAAAAACUAGUAACUUUUUCCCUUUUAGUGGUGAAGCCCUUUAAAUUUACUCCCAGACGUUUAAUUCUUUAUACAUGUAUGAGGUUUAGAUAGAAAUUGUAUGACGUGGCAGCAACAUUACAAUGACAUUACAAUAACAAUACAAUGAUGUCAUGUCGACAAUACAUUGAUGUCACGUCGACAAUACAAUGUCACGUCGACAAUACAUUGAUGUCACGUCAACAAUGCAAUGAUGUCACGUCGACAAUACAUUGAUGUCACGUCGACAAUACAAUGUCACAUCAACAAUACAUAGAUGUCACGUUGACAAUACAAUGAUGUCACGUCAACAAUACAAUGAUGUCACGUCGGCAAUACAUUGAUGUCACGUCGACAAUACAAUGACAUCACGUUGACAAGUCAACCAUGUCAAGUCAUCAUUUCCUUGCAUUGAUGUAACGUCCAUAUUUGAUAUAUAAAAGGGUAAACAGGGUAAGAGAAAAAUAAUCAUUCACCCCCAUUUCAUGGAAAUGAGACGGGAAUCUCAAUCCUCGGGGUAAGAUACUUAAGCUGCCAAAAACUCUGCAAAAAAAAAAUACUUACGUUUGGCAACUUAAAAAUCUUCUCCCUCAGGUCGAGAUCCCCCUGUCUCACCCCUAAGGGGGUGAAAGAUUCUAUUUUCCUAUUCUAGACCUGUGCUGUAGUGUAUUGGAGACUUUCUCUGUGAAUGGUGUAAAUACAUUUCAUUCUGUAGUGCAUCAAAUAUAUCUGUCUCUGUUGAUAAUUCCAGACUUCAAACAUAUCAUGCCUUUUUCAUAUUCAGGCACAAAUUUGACAUGUCAUGGGCAAUGUUACUUUACAAGGAACAGUUCAAUCCGUACAAAUGGGGGAAAUAUUUGUAAGAAAAACUAUAUGAUAGUUAAAGAGUAAGUAGGUUGGAUUGUAAGGAACAUGUGUAUGGAGUGGGUCUGGAGUAUAUCUAGAUCAGUUUGGUACAGGACCAAAACCUCCCAAUGUAUGACUGUUGCUUAUGAAGGAGGACUCUUAUGUUAGAACUGCAAAUGUUGAUCGAGGUCAAGGUUGAUAAAAAGGUUGGCUCGUAACCAAUAUAAGAGCGACUUCAGCUGAAGUGACACACUUAAUAUCCCAAAUUAUAUAUCUAUAUUGCUUUAAAAGUUUUUUGUCAAUGAAUGUGAAUGAUUUUAAAGGGGAAAAUAUAUUUCAAACAUAAUGUUGUAAUGACGAUGUUGAAAAUGUGAUGGAAAUAUUACAAGUGUAGUGUAGCUCUGUUUUCAUAGAAGGCUUUUACAUCUACAGAUGUGUUGCCUGAAGUAUUGUUUAUUAUAUUAACUAGAAAUUUCACUUUCAAGGUAUGAAAAACAAAUACAUAAGUUUUGGCUUGGAAGCAUUUUGGUUUCAAAAAUAGGUCCUUUUCUCGAAACAUGAUUGUCGGGAUGACCAAGGUUCUGUAUGUAUAUAAAGAGCAAUCCUCCUGAGAUUAGAAUUAAGUUGGUAACCAACUUAAUAAUAUUCAAAGUUAGCUCCAAGGCUCUUAAUCAAAUUUUAUAUUGUACAAUGAUAAUGAGGCUCUGGCUUAAUGUUUGGUGAUGUGAUGCUAAGUUUUUAUCUUGUCUAAAGAUAUUCCAGCUAGAAUCCCGACAGAUAUUUUGUCAUAACAUAAUGAACGUUGUUUCUUCUGCAACAAUUACUUGUGCAUGGUUUUUGUCUGUGCACCAUAUCGUAUAUAUACAGACUCAUCGGAGACAUCGUCAUAAUUUUUAUGUCCUGGCAUCAAACUGUACAUUGUGGUUUGGCCACAGCCAUAGUUUUAUUCUCAACAGUUAAUAAUGAUAAUGUAUUUUGUUAUUUUUGUUUUUUAAGAUGAAGUUGAAACAGAUUAUAAGUUGACAUUGAUGUGUGAUAACCUUCUUUCCGUAGGAAAUAUUUUAAUGACAAAAGUAGCUUAAGUUAUUUUCAUGCUUUAUCAUAUGAAAUUGAGUCAUUACUGCUGUUUCAACUUGGAAAUAAUUCAUUAAAGUGAGUUGUCACAAAAAAAAAA